UGGCAGCAGCUCUCGUGCUCAGAGCCUCCCUCAGGCUGCUGCCCAGGCGGAGGAAGGUGUGCGCAGGCGGCGCUGCGACGGGGUAACAUGCAUGGCUCUCCUCUUCUCCAUUUUGUCCUCACAAAAGUCCUGUGAGUGUCUUCUAGGGCAAUGGCUUCCAAGACCCCCGUUGGAUUCAUUGGUUUGGGCAACAUGGGCAAUCCAAUGGCAAAAAACCUUCUCAAACAUGGCUAUCCUGUUAUUGCAUAUGAUGUCUUUCCAGAAGCUUGUAAAGAAUUUCAAGAUGUGGGUGCACAGGUGACUGAUUCCCCAGCAGAUGUGGCAGAAAGAGCUGACAGGAUUAUUACAAUGCUUCCAUCUAGUCCUAAUGCAGUGGACGUUUAUAUAGGCAGCAGUGGAAUUCUGAAGAAAGUGAAGAAAGGUUCAUUGUUAAUAGACUCCAGUACUAUUGAUCCUGCAAUUUCAAAAGAGCUAGCAAAAGAAGCUGAAAAAAUGGGAGCUGUUUUUAUGGAUGCUCCUGUUUCUGGUGGCGUUGGGGCAGCUCGUGCAGGGAACCUUACCUUCAUGGUUGGGGGAGUGGAGCAAGAGUUUGAUGCUGCCAAGGAGCUACUCACGUGUAUGGGUUCCAAUGUUGUCUACUGUGGAGAAGUUGGAACUGGACAGGCUGCAAAAAUCUGCAAUAACAUGCUCUUAGCUAUCAGUAUGAUUGGAACUGCUGAGACUAUGAAUCUUGGAAUCAGGUUAGGUCUUGACCCAAAGCUACUGGCCAAAAUUCUAAAUAUGAGUUCAGGUCGUUGUUGGUCAAGCGAUACUUACAACCCUGUGCCGGGAGUAAUGGAAGGCGUACCUUCGGCUAACAGUUACCAAGGUGGCUUUGGAACAACACUGAUGGCCAAGGAUCUUGGUUUGGCCCAGAUAUCUGCUACCAAUACAAAGACACCAGUCCCUCUCGGAUCCCUAGCCCAUCAACUCUACAGGAUGAUGUGUGCCAAGGGGUACGCCCAGAAAGACUUCUCAUCUGUGUUCCAGUUUUUACGAGAGGAAGAGAGCUUGUGAACCAUUUUCUGACAAUGGACAUUAUUAGAAACCAACUUCUCUUUGGGGCCUCAAUGCUGUGAUUACUCCAGAAAUACACAGAUGUAGUCCAAAGAUCAUGAAUCAUGAUCUCACCCAUACCUAUUGCAGACUCCUGGAUUUAACAUUUAUUGUUUGAAACAGCAGGUUGUGAGAGAGGAUUUUUUUUAAAAAAAGUUUAACAAUAAUACAUAACUGAUAUAAAAACAGAUUUUAAACAAAAUCCAGUCAAUAGGAUGCACAGAACAUUUGCACAUAAAACUAAUGGCAUAGUUCUCAACUGUACAGACAGAACUGUGAUGAAAGGGGCUGAUACUAAGCUUCCUACCUAACAAAAUAUUUCAUCUUUAAAAAAAAGAAAGAAGAUUCUUGUAAUUAAGAAUUUAUCCGAUAGAUAUUUUUUUAAGCUAGUAUUGGCCUAAUUAUAAAUCGUGGAUUUCUCAUGAGAGUAUCAGUGGAAAGUUAUGUUAAGAAAUGUACGCAAUUUAUUGAAAGGCUGCUAUGGUUUUAAAUAGUAGACAUAGUUAAAAUAAUACUUCUCUAUGUGUGUAUUUCUAUCACUAUACUAACCUAAUUUUGUACAUUUUUUGCUCUUUUCACAUUUUCAAAAUAUUCAUGUCUACUAACCUCACUUGAUACACACUUUCUUUAGGCUACUACUGCAUUAUUAUAAAUUUAAAUAAGUAACCUCUUUGCUUUGAAAUCCAAUAAAAUUCAAAAUGGCAAAUGACCACUACAAA